UCAAUUCUUCUCAGAUAAGCCUAAUAUACCUAACAAGAAAUUAGUGAUUGAUACAUGCAAUUAGUUUUUCUCAGAAGGAAAAUCAAACUGGUUGAAUUUUGAUCGAUCUUGGAAAAUUGGGUUGAAAUGGAUAAUACAACCGCAUCAGCUGAUGAACUGCUAAAGAAGUUCCAAGAACUGGAGGCAGAUCAUGCCCAAUUGAAGCAGGAGAUGUCUAAACUCAUGAUUACUUACGAUCACAGGUCACAACAGCCGCCUCGUUGUAGGGCUGGUGGUGGUUUUGAUGGUGGUGCUGCCGCUGUUUGGAAAAGCGGGUCAACUUAUUUGUCACCAUUGAAUAGUGAAGGCGAGGGUGACAACAGUAAUGGUGAUGGCCAUGCUGCAGUGAAGUUUACUGAUAGACACUAUUUGAAUAUAUUACAGUCAAUGGGACAAGCAUUGUAUAUAUUUGAUAUCAACUAUCGUAUAAAUUACUGGAAUCGAUCUGCUGAACGACUAUUUGGUUAUUCUGCUGAAGAAGCUCUUGGACAAGAUACCAUUGAGCUCUUAGCUGAUGCUCAGCAUUAUGGUGAUGCUGCUUACAUUAUAGACCUAGCGGUAAAAAUGGGUGAGAGUUGGACUGGACAGUUUCCAGUUAAGAAUAAGCAAGGAGAUGGAUUCUUAAUCAUUGUUACAACUAGCCCUUUUUAUGAUGAUGAAGGUACUUUUGUCGGAGUUAUUUCUGUAGCGAGUAAUGCGAGGGAUUUCCAAGAAACAGGGUUUGCAUCGAUGGAAGUGAGGCAAUUGGAACCUGAUGCAAGAUUUAGAGCCAGAACCCUUGCUUCUUCCAAACUUGGACUUGAUCCCCAGCAGCCCCUGCAAGUUACCAUUGCCUCCAAAAUUUCUAAUUUGGCCUCAAAGGCGAGCGACAAGGUUAAGUCAAAAAUAAAGACAGGAGACAGCAGCGUGCUUUAUGAAGGGGGGAGUGGAGAUAGUCAUUACUUUAGCCGUGCAUUUUCUGGUGCUGCUCUCUCAGAUCACAGGGAACAUGCAAAUUCAAUUGGAGCGAGUACGCGUUUGGGAGAUUUUCAUCCUUCUCCCGUUGGAUUAUUCUCUAAUCUUGCAAAAGAGGAACAUUCUCUGGGGAAACACUCAAGCUAUUCGGGGGAUGAGAGUGAGGGAAAACAAGGGAUUUGUAAGGCUAUCACCUUGAAGGCCGAGGCAUGGAUGGCGAGGAAGAGCUUACCAUGGCCAUGGAAAGGCAACAAUCGAGAUGUGUCAGAGACAGAGAGUACGAGACUUGUACGGGCUUGGCUAAACAAUAACCAUGAAAAUGAGAUAAAUUACAGUAACAGUUAUAAUGCAUUAAAACCAGACAAUCAGUUUAUUGAUACUAACUGGACAACCACCAAUGAAGCUUCGGGAUCAUGGUCUACUUCAUUUAAUGUCAACAGCACUAGCAGUCCCAGUAGCUGCGGAAGCACCAGCAGUAGUGAUGUUAAUAAGGUGGACAUGGAUACCGACUGCCUGGAUUACGAAAGCUUGUGGGAGGAUGUAACAAUUGGAGAAGGUACUUCAAAUUCCUUUUACAGUUUAAAUUGUCAAAAACAAGUCUAACAGUUACUCCAAACUUGAUCAUAGAAUUUUUGGAAUCAAGCUUAUGCGCUUAUAGCGUGGUACUGCAAUGGCUAAAUUCUGGCCUCUUGGUCCUAUCAUAUGGAUGAUGUCUAAGCCUACUCUAAACCAGUAUUGGUGUUGUUAAUUACAUGAGGUUUCUGACACUCGUCUUUCUAAUCAACGCUUGAAGACUAGAUCUUACUGGCUAUUUUUCUAGAGGGUCGCAUAGUGGUUGAUGUUGGUGCUGGUAGUGGCAUUUUGUCAUUAUAACAUUAUUUGCAGCUCAGAUGAUCUGUUUGUACCAAUGCAUCUUGUGCUUUUCGAUGAACGAUAUCAACCAUGGCAAAGCAUGUUUAUGCCAUAGAAGCUUCUGAAAUGGCCGAAUACGCCAGAAAACUGAUUGCUGGAAAUCCAUUACUGAAUGAAAGAAUUACAGCAAGUGUUCUUUUACUUGUUUAAGGCGACUCCACUUAGUAUGGGAUUGAGGAGGUAAUCAAAGGAAAGGUUGAAGAUGUAGAGUUACCUGAGAAAGCUGAUAUUUUGAUCUCUGAGCCAAUGGACAGCUGCAGCUUUUGCCAGAAACUGCAUUCUCAGAUGCAUAUAAGAUAAUCAUGAAAGAACUUUGAUAUUUUCCCGUGAUGGGGUUCAGUGCAUUUCAUUUACAAGUGACUAAUAAGUACCUACGACUUAAAGCAAUUUUGACUCACCUUUGCUGCUGCACUAAAGCUUCCCUUGUGCAAUUAUUUUACCUUAUUUUCGCACUAUAAUUUUCGACAAAGGGAUUUCAAUCUUCUCAACUGACAUGGUAUGCAACUUUACUGUUUCGUCCAACAACUCAUGUGGUUGUCGCCCGUCUUUCCAAGAAUUGGUGAAGAAACUUAACGAUUUGCAGAGGGAGUAUGUUAUUCAAGCCCCGACAGCAAGCAGCACUGCAGGACGUAGCAGCCAUAAGGAGUAUGUUAUCCAAGAAUUUGUGGCACACAUUUGAUCAGAAGAGAUUGAAAUUUGAAGCUCUGUACCAAGUGAAGACUGAAGACUCUAAAUAACAAUAGCCAGAAAGUUGCCUGCUCCCUAAAAAGUGUUUUAUUAGCCAUUUGUUGUGAUCAUUCUUCAUGUUUUAGACUCUCAUCUACUCUCUAGCCGAGGGUCUAUCGGAAAUAGCCUCUUUGGCCUACUCUCCCCCUACCCCACUUGUGAGAACUUACUGGGUUUUUUUUUGUUGUUGUUGUCGUCGUUGUUGUAUUCUUCAUGUUUUAGACUAGUAUUUUGUACUCCCAAGUGGAUUCUAAGCAUUUUUGUAAUUUUGUUAUAAGAGACAACUCCUAUAUAUGAAAGAAAUGAAUACAUUCAUUGUUAUUCCUAUA